AUGGCACCGAACAUCACGGAGAUCGACUCGACUUCGCAAUUUGAUAAUAUCGUUAAAGGAUUACCACCUAAUCAGCUUCUUGUUAUAGACUUCCACGCUGUUUGGUGUGGUCCAUGUCACGCUAUUGCCCCCGUUCUAGAACAACUGUCCAACACAUAUAAACAUGUUAAAUUCGUGAAAAUCGAUGUUGAUAAGCAAGCACAACUGGCUCAGCGAUUCCAGGUCAGGGCUAUGCCUACUUUCAAAUUCUUAAAAGGUGGUAGAGAAGUGGAGGAGCUUCGAGGUGCUUCUCCUCCACAACUCAAUGCCCUUGUAUCGAAACAUGCCGGUACACCCUCUGCAGCCACUUCGUCUCAAUCAGCUUCUUCCUCCACCGUCAAAUCUUCUGCACCUACCGAUAACAACGGAUCACUUUUGAAGCACAUCAUUUCCAACGGAUUAUCCUGUCUCAACGAAUCAUCAGAUCAUCCUCUCUCAUCUAUCGUCGGUCCUAAUCCAGGUCCAAGAGGUACAUCAUACCUUGAAUCAGAUGUGGAUGCUGAACUUCUCAUAUCUAUCCCUUUCCAAGAUCAAGUCAAACUUAAAUCAAUCUCACUUUUCUCAGCCAUCAGUCCGGCACAAGCUCCUAAAACAGUGAAGCUGUUCAUCAAUGUUCCUAAUAUCGAUUUUGCUGAUGCGGAAAACAUGACUCCUGCUCAAGAACUUGAAUUGACUCCUGAACAAAUCAAGGGAGAUAAGAUCGAUUUGAGAUUUGUCAGAUUCCAAAAUGUUAGAAGUUUACAUGUCUUGAUAAAAGAUAAUCAGGAAGAUGAGGAGACUACCAGGAUUGAUUCCAUCGAUAUAUACGGUACAUCUGGGGAUCCUACAGCAGAGAAAGCAGCUCCAGCUCAAGUAGGAAUUGGUAGUGGAAGUAUGAUGGAUAAACUCUUGGGCAGAGGAUAA